AGAUUCCCAUGUAUGGGGCGCCGAUCGCUAUUUUCGGCACCGACCAAUAUGGAUAAGAGGCCCUAGAUCUCUUGCUUCUCUCCACUCUGCGCUGUCCGUUGAACAAUCAACUUCUCGAGUGCGUCGCGCUGCCCAACGUUGCUUUACGGCUAAUAAACGACAAUAAUUCAAAAUGUGUGAUGACGAUGUUGCGGCGCUUGUAGUGGACAAUGGGUCCGGUAUGUGCAAAGCUGGGUUCGCAGGAGAUGAUGCUCCACGUGCUGUCUUUCCAUCCAUAGUUGGCCGCCCUAGACAUCAGGGCGUGAUGGUCGGUAUGGGUCAAAAAGAUAGCUACGUUGGAGAUGAAGCCCAAAGUAAGAGAGGUAUUCUUACCUUGAAGUAUCCUAUCGAGCACGGUAUUAUUACAAAUUGGGAUGAUAUGGAAAAAAUCUGGCACCACACUUUCUAUAAUGAAUUACGCGUAGCUCCUGAAGAACAUCCAGUGCUUCUUACCGAGGCACCACUCAAUCCUAAAGCAAAUAGGGAAAAGAUGACCCAAAUCAUGUUUGAAACAUUUAACAGUCCGGCCAUGUACGUUGCCAUCCAAGCUGUACUCUCACUUUAUGCCUCUGGUCGUACGACUGGUAUUGUCUUGGACUCUGGAGAUGGUGUCUCUCACACUGUACCCAUCUACGAAGGUUACGCAUUACCUCAUGCUAUUCUUCGGUUGGAUUUGGCUGGCCGCGAUUUAACUGACUAUCUGAUGAAAAUCCUGACUGAAAGAGGAUAUUCCUUUACCACUACUGCUGAGAGAGAAAUCGUACGUGACAUCAAAGAAAAACUCUGCUACGUAGCACUUGACUUUGAACAAGAAAUGGCUACAGCAGCUGCCAGCACAUCUCUUGAAAAGAGCUAUGAAUUGCCCGAUGGGCAGGUUAUCACUAUUGGUAAUGAGAGGUUCCGUUGCCCUGAAGCUUUAUUCCAGCCAUCUUUCUUGGGUAUGGAAUCUUGCGGUAUUCAUGAAACAGUAUACAAUUCGAUCAUGAAAUGUGAUGUAGAUAUUCGUAAAGAUUUAUACGCCAACACUGUACUAUCUGGAGGUACUACUAUGUAUCCAGGUAUUGCUGAUCGCAUGCAAAAGGAAAUAACAGCGUUAGCUCCAUCUACAAUCAAAAUCAAAAUUAUCGCUCCUCCAGAGAGAAAAUAUUCAGUAUGGAUUGGUGGAUCUAUCCUUGCUUCUUUGUCUACUUUCCAACAGAUGUGGAUUUCCAAACAAGAAUAUGACGAAUCUGGUCCAGGAAUAGUUCAUCGUAAAUGCUUCUAAGUUAUCUCUGUAUACGAAAAUAAAAAUCGUUGUUAAAUGCACAAAAAUAUUCAAAUAUGUAAGUUAUCGAAGAAUGCGAAACCAAUUUCUUCUGGCUGUCACUUAUUGCAAAGGUACCAAAUAACAGAAAUAUGUAUACUACGAAAGUGCUUUUAAUACACAUUUAAUAUUGCUACAAUACUCAAUGAUUUAUAGAUUGUAAAUGAUUCAUUUUUUCAUUAUACACGUUCAUAUUUACGAAUACAUUCAUAUAAUAUACUCUCUAAAUAUCAUAAUACUUGUUAUUUAUUUAUAUGUACAAUAAAAAAAUCUUCUGGUUUCCUUAAGUAAAAUAUUCUAUAAUAAUUUUGUAUGUGUAUUUCAAUUUUUGAAAUUUUGGCAAGUAUACAUUUUUUUACCGCUUAAGAUUAUAAAGAUAUAUCUAUAUGAUAAAGUAUUAAAUUGAUUUGCUUUUUGAAUGAUAAUCGAAACGCUUUAAAUAAUGUUUUAAUCUGAAAUCAUCUGUAUAAUUAUAUAAUAAUAAACAUCAUACAACUUAUUUACAACUAGAAUAAUCAUUUUUCCUGGCAAAAGUAUUUUCCUUCUUUUGAAAUCUAUUUAAUUUAAACGGAAAUUUAUUUUGUGUCAGUGAAAAAUGUACAAAUUCAAAAACUUUUUAAUACUUUAGAAAAUUAUAAACUAUUGUGAUGCAAAUAAAUUGUUUUGAAUCAGAAAGAAACUGUUGAGAGUAAGUUUAUAACAAUACGCAACUUUUUAAAAAAGUUAAAAAAAAUAAAAAUUUUCUUUGCAAUGUUUCAGAUAAAAAGAACUGAGAUAUACAGAUAAAAAAGAACUGAGAUCGAUCAAACAAAGUCAAGUUUAUUAUAUUUAAUCAGAAUCAGAAAACAUAUAUGCAUGUCAAAUUUUAUUACGAUUGGUCGUGUGUGGUUCCAGAAUCACAGCGAUGCCAGAAGUGGCACAAUGAGAGCGGGGAAUUUAAAUAAUAAUGUAAAAAAAUAACCCGAAAAAUUUAAUUGGUAUCUCAUAAUUUAUUAUAAA